AUGGUGGAGCAGGGAGCACCGAGAAACUACGGUACUUCCGAAGUCCAGCCCCCUGGCUCGAUCAUGCCUGGGGAGAUGAACAUACCCACAGAAGAAGAAGCACAUCCAAGACUCGAUACGAACCAUUUACCACUUUCAACAUCUACGGAAUUCGAAAAGAAAAAACAAGAACAAAACAGCAUUCGCCAGGUCCAUGUUCUGACCGGUGUACCUUGUAAACUACUGGCACCACUGUGGAAGGCGCAAUUCGAAGCUGAAGACACAGAAGACCUAAUGCACACCCUCUAUGAGGAUGAUAACCACGACUUGUCAUACCCAGACAUGACAAUUGACGCGUUGCGCGCGGGAUCUUGGUAUGGAAGUCCUGGAAAGCAAGAAACAGAGUCGUAA